GAGAAUCGAGAAACGGGGUGGUUAAAAAACGAUUAAUAAGAUGACGAUGAGAAUUUGGGAUCCAAAGGGCUAAACAUCGAAUAUUUGUGUGUGGCUCUGUGGCUCUACCUCUCGCCGGGACGGAGAAGCGGAGGAGGAGGUGGCGGCGGCCGCGGCGGUGCUGAGGACUGAGGACGAGGAGACGACUUAGCGUUGUGGAAUAAUCAAGGGAGAUUUUCUCUAGCUCUCCUCUCCAAUUUCUCUCUUCCUCAAACAUUGCUGCCCUUUCGAUUUAAAACGGGAAUUGAAGGUGGAGGGAAGAAACUAUUUGCUGUAUUUCCUCUGAUUCGAUCCAUCAAGUUCUUCCGAAUUCCGCAGAAUCUUUUGGAUAUUUGUCCUCUCGGCGGUUUCCCCCGCUGUUCUUCUCAUUUUUCCGUGAAAGGAAUAGUGGUAUCGCGAUGCCUCUGAGAGGCAUAAUUCGUGAGCAGAGUGAAAUACGAGAAGGCAGUGGGAAUACAUCGAGAAAAUCGAGGGAGGGAGUUCAAAUGCGUCACCUCGGGAAGUCGCAUAUUGUGCCUGAGCAGCCUUCAUCCUCUUUUCCGGUUCCGUUUGAACAAAGCCGUUGGGCAAAUUUGCCUCCGGAGCUUCUCCUUGACAUAAUUCAGCGUGUAGAAGCGAGGGAAACCUCUUGGCCUUCCCGCCGGGAUGUUGUUGCGUGUGCUUCAGUUUGCCGGUCUUGGCGGAUGGUUACAAAGGAAGUUGUGAGAACUCCCGAACAGUGUGGCUGGAUCACGUUCCCAAUUUCUCUUAAGCAGCCGGGACCAAGAGACACCCCAAUCCAGUGCUUCAUUAAGAGAGAAAGGGCAACUUCAACGUUUCGACUCUAUCUCGGGCUAAGCCCUGCCCUGUCCGGUAAUCUAAGUAAACUGUUGCUAACUGCAAGAAGAAUCCGGCGGGCAAUAAAUACACAGUUCAUUGUAUCGUUAGUUCCAGACGAUUUCUCUCGAGCAAGCAACAAUUACAUUGGAAAGUUAAGGUCAAAUUUCCUGGGGACCAAGUUUUCAAUUUACGACAGUCAGCCUCCGCAUGACCAAAAAUUGCGAACUGGUAGAACUAGCAGAUUAAAAAGAAGAAUCCAUUUGAAACAGGUCUGUCCAAGUAAAACUGCGACCAACUAUAAGGUUGCUGCCGUAGCGUUCGAGCUCAACAUCCUCCGGACCAGAGGUCCCAGAAGAAUGAGGUGCACCAUGGAUUCGAUACCGGUUGCAGCGGUCGAGGAGGGUGGCACUGCCCCAACACCAACAGAGUUUAAAGACGGUAUGAACGAGCAUCAUUCUUCCACAUCAGUUUGCAAAGGAAAGAAGCCGAUAACCGAGUCGCCGGAGCCUCAGGAACCAAUAGCUCCAUUGGUAUUGAAGAACAAAUCUCCGAGAUGGCAUGAGCAGCUACAGUGUUGGUGCCUAAAUUUCAAAGGGCGUGUCACAGUUGCAUCGGUAAAGAACUUCCAGCUGGUUGCUGCUGCGGAGACGAAUCAAAAUGUGUCUGCAGCUGAGCAAGAGAAAGUGAUUCUGCAGUUUGGAAAGAUUGGGAAGGAUAUUUUCACGAUGGAUUAUCGGUAUCCUCUCUCAGCUUUCCAAGCCUUUGCAAUUUGCCUGAGUAGCUUCGAUACCAAACCAGCCUGUGAAUGACCAUUACUCAAAACAAAUUGGCUCCAAAAUUUUCCAAUUGUAUAUAUUAUUUUGGGAAGAAGCUUCGUUUUAGACAUUGUAUUCAGUAAUCAGGCAACAAUCUCUGUGAUGAUGGUUGGGUAGUAAAUUAUGAAAUGAGCACAAGCUCCAAAAAUCUUUUUUCA